CUAAUCACCCCUUGAAGCAUAGCUGGGCUAUGAUGGCUUUCCUGCGGCACCCGCUCUCGCGCCUCGCCCUUCUUACGCUCGUUUCCAGCCUCGCGGCCGCGCAGGAUGACCCAAAGCCGUUUGACUGUCAUCUUACCAUCGGCGACCUCGACUACGACCUCACCAAGGCUGGUGGCGAGCAUACGGCUACGCGUGAGGUCAAGGUGCCGCCCACGACGAUAGAGGACAAGGUCACGUUCAACCUGUGUGCGGACCUCGAGCGCAAAAGCGACGUGCCAUCAGAAGACCAGUGCCCGGAAGGAUCGCGCGCAUGCCUCGUGCGCACGAACGUCAAGGACGGCCAGCCCAACCGCGUGUUCUCUGUCAUUCCCGUCGCCAACUCAUCCGCGGAUGCAGUGACUGUCUCGGCUCUGCGCUCACCCAAGGGCCUCGAGUUGACGUUCGCCGGCUCAACAUACCCAAGCGUCCACGGGGACACGGAUCCAAUACCCCAGUUCCUCCAUCUCAAGCUGCUGUGCUCGCCCGACUCCGAGCCGUCAGCUGUCAACUUCACCUCAUACGAUGGCAAGGACCUGCAUUUAGAAUGGAGCACUGUCGGCGCAUGCGGGUUCGGUACACCCAAGGACGGGGAGAAGACACCGGACGACAAGGGAGACGACAGCGGUGGGUCUGGAGACCACAAGGAGGAGUCUGUCGGCUCCGGCCUCGGAUAUUUCUUCCUGAUAUUCCUGCUCGCAUUCGUGGCGUACUUUGGUCUCGGGGCGUACUACAACUACUCGACGUACGGCGCAAGCGGUGUUGACCUCAUUCCACACCGCGAUUUCUGGAGAGAAGUGCCGUACAUGCUGAGAGAUGUCGUCUCACAUCUUUGCUCGGCCUUCCGACCACGGCAAGCGAGCCGCGGAGGGUAUAUCGCCGUAUGACCCGCUACGCAGCAGUAAGCUCUGCGUACGCGAUGUCUGCUGCGGUAGGCAGCCGUCAUGCCUGGGCUGCUGCAGCUGGAUUUUGGCGCCGCGGUAGGUGACUCCGCGGCACUCUAUCAUGCUAUUCUACUCCCUGGAUUACAGUACCACACCUGCUAUGAUAACCACGGUAAUUGCUUUGGACCCUGCUGUGCAUUUCGUUAUUUUGUGAGCCAUUAUCCCGCGGUGACUGCCGAGGAUUCCUGGGACCUGGCCCCGUGUGAUGUCCCUCCAUUCUAUGGACGAGAAAGUUGCUCCUGAUGUUGCAGGACCUCCGCGGGAGAUUCUCGAGACUCUCGACCGCAAUCGACAAUCGCGGGACCAAAUGAGGGACCGAUCCUGG